AUUUUCCACUCGAUUCUAUUAGUGACUGCUGUUAAGGUUGAUCCUCCUGUGAAAGCUCUUGCAUUUUUUGAAAGCUAGGGUCAUUAUUUUAUUCUUUCUUUCUUCUUUGUCUCAAAUGUCUGCCCUCAAGAACUUUGUUCCUCUUCUUGAUCGUGUCUUGGUUCAACGUAUCAAGCCUCAACAAAAAACUGCCUCUGGUAUUUUCAUCCCCGAAAAGGCCCAAGAAGCUUUGAACGAAGGUAUUGUUGUUGCUGUUGGCAAGGGUGCACUUAACAAGGAAGGUCAACAUAUUCCUCUCCAAGUCAACACUGGUGACAAGGUUAUCCUUCCUUCUUUCGGUGGUAGCCCUGUCAAAGUUCAAGGCGAAGAAUACCUCUUGUUCCGUGACUCUGAAAUCCUUGCCAAGAUCUUGCAAUAAAGCAAUUGUUUACUGUAAUAUAUACACAUUUUCUUUUAUUUGAUUCAAUAAACA